ACAACUCUCUCGAGCUCCAGGGGGCUCCAUCGGGUGCUGACCCCUGUGAUCUUUGACGGGGACUCGGCCCAUCCUGCCCUCAGCCUUUCCCGGGAUCUGAAAACGGUGAUAGCGGACAUGAUCCCUCAGGACUGCAUAGAGGAUCCGGGGGAGCCGCAGCGCUUCUUCCCGUCCCGUUGCGUGCUGGGCUCUCCGGGCUUCUCCACCGGCCGCCACACCUGGGAGGUGGAGCGCAGUGGACCCAGGGGUGGACAGUGCAUCCUGGGCGUGGCGUGGGAGCAGGCCCCUCGACAGGGCAGCCUGACCCUGGAGCCUGCCAGAGGCUUCUGGGUGCUGCGCUUUGCCAGAUUCAAGUGCCAGGCGCUCACUGGAAGCAACACGUGGGAGGACCUCCCGGUCUGCCCCAGGAGAGUGGGCGUCUGCGUGGAUCUCCAGGAAAAGGAAGUCAGUUUCUAUGACCCUGAUACCAACAACCACAUCUACACUUUCCAGGCCUCCUUCCAGGGCAAGAUCUUCCCUUUCUUCAGGCUGCUGUUCUCUGGUACCCAGAUCACCCUGAACCCCUAGUCAUGCUCCCUGGUCAUCCUCUGCGACUCUUUGAGGCCACUCCAUCGCUGGGUGGUGGGAUUCAUACCAGGUUUCCAAGAGAUCCGGGUCUGUGCAUUUAACUCCACUUUAUGUGUUUCUCUUAAGGAUUUAUGUAUUUUUAUUGGAAAAGUAGAUUUUACAGAAAGAAGAGACAGCAAGAGAAAGAUCUCCCAACCACUGGUUCACUCCCCAAGUCGUAACUGAGCUGAGCUGAACAAAAGCCAGGAGCCAGGAGCUUCUGUCAGAGUCCCAUGUGUGUAGACAGGGCCAGGACUUGGGUCACCAUCCACUGCUUUCCCAGGCCAGCAGAGAGAUGAAUUGGAAAUGAGCAGACGAGAAAUGAACAAGCAACAAUAAAGAUGCUAGCACUUACAC